CAGCGGACAGGUUCCUCCGAUAUUGCGGACGCCGCCCGGCACGCGGAGGAAAGAAACAGUUAGACCACUUACACCGUUCGGAACGGAUCGAUCCGUCUCUCGUCGUUCGCGUUUUUCUUCAACUGGUAGCGUCGUCGCGUCGCGAUCUUUUCCGCGAUCGUUGUUUUGGAAGUGCCAAUAAUCGUCGCGUGCGGAUCUUUCGAUUGCGUGCGUGAGUGCGUUCUUUUGAAGAGAUUGUGAAGUUCUUACAGCUGGAUGGUGGUGUCCGAGUUCUGGAUCGUUGUUCUUCGCUUGGGUGAACCACAAGCGGUUCUCGUUCUGAUGUGAGAUGAGUGAUCGGUUCGUUGCACGCUUGCGAGGGCAACCAAACGAUUCCCGAAUCAUUUGCCGCGUCAACAAUCACGCCGGCGUUAGCGAUGAUUGCCAGCACCGGUCGUUAGCGAUUACCGGGAAUCAAAACGUCAUCGUCGCCGGUGAGCGUGACAAUUCAUCGUCGUGCCGUGUUCACAACAGAAACGCAACAGCUCGGAGAAGUGCAAGUGAUGGUAGUGAUGGCGGUGGUGGUUCUAGUAGAGCGAAGAAAAGUGCUUUAGGUGGGUUUGCUAGUAGUUGCUAUAAAUCUAAUUGCAAGAGUGGUAAAGUGCACGGAAGUGGUAAAAAAGACGAAGAAGAACGGGAAGGGUUGCAAGGAUCGAGUGUGACAGGAGUGUCGUCGUCAUCUUCUUCGGCAUCGUCCGGUUCGUCGUUUUUUGCUGGGACUGUUGCUGCAACGGAUCAGGUCCUCCUCAAACUAGUCCAACGGCUAGCAUCGCUCCAGAGCGGCAGCUCCAACUCCGACAGCUCUUCAAACAAGCCGAAAAUCUUCCCCAAAGGCUGCAAGAAGAAAAAGAAGAAUCCGGCAAAGUGUAGUGGGGUAGAUUGCACCGACACCGAAACUGCCAUUCAGAAUCAGAACCUCGGUGGUGGUGUCUGUGGUGGUGGUGGUGUUGGUGACACGAAACGCCGCCCAUCCGUCGGAAGUGAGGUGCCGGUAGACAAGAAGGCUCGUCCUACGACGACGGAAGAAGACGGUCCUCGGGAUCUGAACCGGUACGGCGGCGGUGGCAGCUGUUCGACCGUUGCUGCUGGUUGUAACGAAGCCAUUGUAGUAGACCAGCAGUGUUGGCCGAACCACCGGACCGAAAGUGGCAAUUAUCAUGCUAAAAUUGGCCUCCGGCAGCGGAAAUUCGCCGGUGGUAACGUCGACGACGACGAGGAAGACGAAGUGUGCCGUGAUUUUGACGCCGCCAUCGCACUUGUAGAAGGCUACGGGAACGCUGCGGCUGUCCAUCGGGCUAGUAGUGGAUGUGGAAGUGAAGGCAGAGCCAAUCUAGUUAGCAGUGGGAAAAUUGAUUGCAUAAGCAAAGGGGCUGCCAGUAGCAGUAGUGAUAGUGAUCUGUUUGUGCAGCACCAGGGUUGCUGCGAUGGCGGGUUAGUGAGUGGAGCGCCAGCUCAGCACCAUCAUGACGGUAAUAAUAAUGUGAACUGCUCGACGUCGUCGCCGUCGUUCCUGGGCCAGCAACACCAAACCGAGGAAGCAAUCAUCAUGGGAGCGAACGUUUCGCGCCAUCACGAGAAAGGACUCACCGGUCGGCGGGCGCAAUCAACUGAUAAUUUGAAAUCGGACCAAACGCAAUCGUACCAAUAUCAGCCCUACGGAAGUAACAAUAACAACAAUACCAGCUGCAGUAAUGGUAAAAAUCACGUCACCAAACCGGUGCCACCGGAUUUGACUCCGGGCAAUGAGUUUCUAGACAGUCGCCGAGAGUGUACCGACGAAGACUGCGAGUACCGGGAUGGGUCCUGUAAGGUGGCGGCGACCGAAAACGGGAUCAAUUCCGGCGAUAGGAAUAAAUUUUGCGGCAGUUUGCCCAAUCAUCUGGAUGCGGACGACGCCUGCGAGGCCAUAUUUAAGCAGAACGAGUUUCUCCAAACGCACCUGAAAAACGUCCUGGCGAGCCAUCAACAACAACAACCGGAAUAUGUGACCGUUAGCAGCAACGGCGGCACCAGCUGUCGAACGGCGGCGGACGCCGGAGAUGGCCGCUUGACUUUCGAUUUGGAUGGUGCAGACGGUGGUGGCGAUGGAGGGUCGUCAGCAAAUAUGAACCGCCAGCAACCGUCAUUAGUGCCAUCCGCUCAACAACAACAUCAGCAUCAACAGCAAACGGUGCCCACAUAUCAGCAAAGUUCACCAUUCUGCUCCAGCAGCAGUGGGAAGGGAUCCACCAUCUCGUCGACCGCGCUCGGAAGCAGCACUUUCCGGUCCGGUUGCAGUGGAGAUCGACCGGACAUCCAGCUGAAGCUGCCGCUUCAUCGAACGACGGUGGACACCGGAUACGACCAAGGCUAUGGAAGCGAGCGCUCCCCAGAGGAUGAAAUGCCUCCUCCGUUGCUGCUGAUGCACGAAGCUCAGUACAAUGAGAUACUGGCUUCGUCGGGUCUGAAUCAACUGCCGCCGACUAGUGUGAUCGAACCGAAUGAUCUGCAGCGGUUCUGGAACUACGAGAAAGCCGCGGCGAGUUUGAUCGCCAGUGGCGAGUAUGGAUUCAUUACCAAAGAUACCGUUUUUCUGGUUCAAGUACCAAAGGGUACCCGUGGACUGGGGCUGUCCGUUUCCGGCGGUUCGGACUCCACCGCUCCCUUCCCCGGAUUGAUACGCAUCAAAAGACUGUUUCCGCAUCAGGCGGCGUGGGCUACCGGAAUGCUUCAGCCGGGCGACAUCCUGCUGGAGGCCAACGGAAUCCCGCUGACCGGGCUGACCAACUACGAAGCCCUGGAAGUGCUGCGAACUGCGCCGAACUACGUUACCCUGACGGUGUGCCGUCCGCAGGACGAACAGUACCGCAAACUAUCCCCACCAAGUGAACCCCCGAAGCCGCCCCUGCGGAAUGCCUUAUCCAGUGAACCCCAGUCCCAGGUACAGUCACCGCAGCUUUCCGGCCUCAUGACUGGCGGACCCGGCGCCGGCGGUGGCCAACUGAUGCAAUUCCAGCAGCACAUGCUCAUGUACAACAACAGCAGCAACAACCAACAGCAACAGAUGGUGCCAUAUUACUAUCAGCAACUGCAACAGCAGCAGCAACAACAACAGCAGCAGCAGCAAUAUAUUUAUCCACCGCAAACGUUGGCUUUUGCUCCGAUGGACUCCAUGCAGAGUAGCAGUUUGAAUGGGGAGUUCGAAAUAAUCCUCACCAAACAACAAGGCUCGCUAGGAUUCACCCUUCGCAAAGAAGACGAAUCCAUUCUGGGUCACUGCGUACGUGCUCUGGUUCGGGACCCAGCCCUGAACGACGGUCGCAUCAAACCGGGCGACAAAAUUAUGGCCGUCAACGAUGUCCCAAUCUCGCAGAUGACCCACGAAGAGGCUGUGAUAUUUCUCCGACAGGCGGCAGAUGUGGUCAAGCUGCGGCUAUAUCGGGAUCAAGCCCAGACACCACUCUCGGCGCAAUCGCCAACGCUAGGUGAUCGACGGUUUGACCUUUCGAAGUCCGACUCCACUUCUACCGUCGGUGGAACGGGAAGGCCGAAACCGAAUUUGAGGCCCGAAGCGUUAAACCUCCUGACGGACAUUGCCUAUCGGAAGCAAUCCGUUGCGACAAACAAUUCCAGUGGCGGAGGAAGCGGUUCGACAAGCUCGUCAGUCAAAUCUAGUAACGCCUCGCCGCGAAGACUACGAAGGGGACUACCUCAACAACAACAGCAGCAGCAACAACAGCACAGGACGUACGAUAAUCAUGGCUACCAACAUUCCGAAACGUCCAACUAUUCGGACUCGGAAACGUCGACCAUCAUCAGCCAGGGUGGAUCGAUGCACCAUCCGGCGGGGGUGCAGAUGGUACCCGGAGGGCUAAUCCAUACGGGAUCGUGCAGGUCGUGUGGUGGUGCGGCGAAUGUGAGUGCACGGUUGGAAGAAAACCUGGACGAAUCCUAUUACUGUGAUGACGAAAUCGAUAUCGAAAGUUUAUACGAAGACGACGACGGUGAGCCUCAGAAGAGGCCUAAUUUCCUAAACUUGGCUGGUGAGAGCGGGAGCACACCCAUGUCCUCGCGGAAGCCACGGUUUCAGUUUUCAGUUGCCACUACGAACGCCUACGAGUUGAACAACCUGGACAACGAAGCCCUCGAUGCUCCGACGAUGUAUGCCUUGGCCAGUGAUCCCGUCAACGGACAACCUCCUAGCAGCAGCGCCGAUCAAUUCAUCAGUCUUCCCUGCGAAACAUUCCUGGUAGCAUGUAAAACCGAAAACGACCUCAACGCGGAUUCCACCGACGCCAUCUACGUGAAGCACUUCGCCCACAAAUCCCCCCUCUACUCGUCGGUCAACGUCCCGCUCAAAGACACCGGAACCAACGUGAGCGAAGUGGUGGAUGCCGUAGAAAAAGGCGGCAAAAAGAGUCUCAUGAAGUGGAAAGGUGCCGUGCUGAUAUCCGAUGAAGACGAAACUCCCUGCAGCAACGUACAUUCCUCUUCGAGCCUGGACCUCGACGAUGGCACUUCACCUUCCCUUUCGGGCGAAACUGGCACCGGUACAGUCCCAAGCGAUACUCCGGACUCUAGCGUGGCAGCCACGCUGGGCACUAGCACAACAACACCGACCACCGAACGGGAACUGGACUUCAACGGGGGAGGAGUGGACAGUGAAGGAAAUAAGAUUUUCACUGUCGAACUGAAUAAAGGAUGGAGUAGCAGACUUGGGUUCAGCUUACAACAGGAGCCAGAAACGAAAAGGACUGUAGUUAGUGCGAUCUACAGCGAAAGCGUAGCCGCCAAGGACGGUAGACUGCGAGUCGGUGAUCAACUCUUGAUGGUCAACGAGGAAUCCGUUGAGUCGAUGUCUACGACCCAGAUCAUCAAAUUGCUACGGAUCAUUCGGGGGUCGAUAUGCCUUCGGCUGAUACGCCGAACCGGCUCAUACAUCGCCGUCCCUGAACAACCGGAGGGUGAACAAGAACAGGAGCUCGAUCUGCCCCCACCACCUGAGGAGCUGAUCAUGACUCCGCCAGAUACUUCCGAAGACCUGGAUGUGCAAGUACCUUUACCCACUACUGCGGACUAGUAGCAGUCAUCCACCUUCCUUCCGAAAGAAUGAACUUUGUGCCGUCUUGACUUUUGUUCCCGCCCGGUUCCACCACCACCCAUGUCGCAUCUGACUUUCAUCUCAGGAUAAGACUUUAUCUCUCAUCUAGCAAGUAAUGUACGACUUAUUCUGAAUUUAAAUGAUUGAACGAAACUUCCAAAACCGCAGACGAAAUCCGGAUCCACAGCGGCAUCCUGGAUGACUGUGUGACGAUAGCAACUAUUCGAGCUAGAACACUGUGCAAUCAUUUGGUUAACAGGACUAUUUCUAAGUGUAUAAGGAAAAAGAAGUCAACUAAAUUGUAAGCGCGUAAUUGGACGUUGAGAACUGUUACGUAAUUGAUGGGACGAAUUCCGAUUCGCAUUCAAGUUUUGUCCGAUCAAGCAUGUACCACAGUCUAAACCAAAAGAAUUCCCCUUUUUCUGUUAUUAAAAAAAAAGUUUAUCUAAAAUGAACAACAAGUACAUAUACAAAGGAAAGAAAAUGCAUUUGUUGAUUUAGAAACAGAAAAUUUCCCGAUAAUAAAUCUAGAUCGAUUUUACCAAAACCAUACCAAAAAGAAACUUAGAUAAAUUAAAACUGUUACUAAGGUACGCGUUGACUUUUGAAUAAACAAAAAAACGAGAUGAACAUUUUAUUAGCCGAAAUUGUAGCAAAUAGGCGUUAGUCAUUCGAAUUGAAAAUUCAAAACCCCUUGUCUGCGCAAAGCCUGCAAAGAGUCUAAAAUAAAAUAUCAAAUAUUUAUACGAAACAGAG